AUGGCUCAUUUUGUCUGUGGAAUCGGCGGUGCCCCUUGCGGAGAUCCCUGGGUAACUCCAUCCGGCGGCGUUUAUGAAAAGAAGAACAUCGACCGGUGGAUAAGCGAGCAUGGAACUGAUCCGCAAACAGAACGAGCGCUCAGCAAAGAAGAUUUGAUCAAAAUGAUCCAAGCACCUGGUGUUCGUCCGCAACCUCCACAGUCCAUGUCUGUCAGCUCGAUUAUCAAAUCAAUCCGAGACGAGUACGACGCAAUCGUCCUCGCCAACGCGAAAAUGAUCAAAGACAACCACGCGAAUAAAGACCAACUUCGAGAUCGACUGUACAAUCAAGACGCGGCCGUGAGAGUGAUUGUGCGACUCACUCAGAAGCUCAACAAUCUUCGUCUUGAACUACAAGAAGCAGAAAAAGAAGAACAAGCGAAAAUCGAAGCAGCUGGCGAAGCGAUGGAAGCGGAAGAAGUGGCAGAAGACGACCUUCAUUUGGAGAAGGUGAUGCAGCGACUCAAGGAAGAAGGAGAAAAGCUUUCCUCGGCGAGAAAGAAGCGAGGAAAGAAACCGCCCGCUGAACUUGUCGAUACUGGAACGCUUUCGAACUACGUCGUUCAGACAAAUUAUCCUGGUCUCCAUUCCGCCUCUGUUCCUGGAAUCACAUGUCUGGAUGUGCAUCGGCAAAGCGGUAUCAUUGCGACAGGUGGAAAGGAUAAAUCAGUUGUGUUAUUCAACCGCCAACACGAGGAAAUCAUCGCUCAGUGCAAAGGUCAUACAAAAGCAGUUACGUCCGUUGCUCUGCAUCAGCAUGGCCCGAUCGCCGUUUCUGGAUCGAAUGAUAGUACGAUUAGAGUUUGGAACUACGAGGAUGAAGAAAAGGUUCGUUCAUCAAAACUCAAAAUUCACAACGAUGCGGUCACCUCUCUUUCCCUCCACCCGACCCAAGAUUUUAUCCUCUCCUCGAGCAACGACAAGUCGUGGGCAUUCACCGACAUCUUCGCUGAGCGAGAAAUUGUCCGGGUUUUCGAUGAGGAUCGCGUUUCUUGCGCCCAGUUCCAUCCUGACGGUCUCAUUCUUGGAACUGGAACGAGCAGAGCCGAAGUUAAGAUUUGGGAUUUGAAGUCGUCGUCGAAUACUGAGAAUGCCAAGCCCGCUGCUUCGCCGUUCAAGGGCCACUCUGGACCAGUCGAAACGAUGUGCUUCUCAGAAAAUGGUUAUCACCUGGCCACGGCGUCUCGGGAUAAUGAAGUUCGCAUUUGGGACUUGAGAAAGCUCAAGCUCUUGAAGACGAUUACCUUGUCCGACUCUUUCAAAGUCAGCCACGUCACUUUCGACCAGUCGGGAACUUACUUGUCCGUUGCUGGCGGAGAUGUGCGCGUUUUCAAGGUCAAAGAAUGGAACGAGAUUUGCCGAUACACUGCGCAUACGGACGAUGUCACAAGCAGCUCCUGGGGCGCUCUUGCUACAGAGCUCGUGACUUGCUCUCUUGACAGAACUGUCAAGGUCUUCUCCCUCGAAGAUAACCAGGGAUCGAAAUUCGCUUGA